AUGAAUAACAAUCAAAUGAAUCCAAAUAAUAAUAAAAAUAUGGGGGCCCAAAAUUUUAAUCAAAGUUUUACAAACAAUACGGUAAAUAAUAAACAACCCAAUAAUCCAUCAUAUCAAUACCAAAAUAUAAAUUACGCAAAAACAAAUAAUCCCACAAUGAUGAACUAUAAUAAUAACCCAAAUUUUGUAAAUCCAAAUUAUUGUAAUUAUAAUAACAUUGUGCCACCACCAAGUAGUGCCCCACCAAAUAACAUGCCCAUAAACAAUAAGCAUAAUUACUACAUUCCUCCAAGUCCUUCUAAUAUUCCAAACCCUCCUAGCAUCCCCAGUCCCCCAAGUAUACCCGGUUCACCAAAUAUGGACUAUGGUAAUAAUGCAAAUUUAAAAAAUCCUAUAUCUGAAGGAAUGAAUAUUGAAAAUAAUAAUAUGUUAGGGCAAGAGUAUGGUAAAACUAGCCAUUAUAAUGCCAAUUAUAUGGGCAAUAAUAGUAACAUGUUUGGAAGUCAUGCUAAUAAUAAAUUUCCUGAUCAAGUACCACCAUCCAAUGUACAUAAUAUGCAAAAAAAUGCACCUAUGAUGGGGUAUCAUGGAGAAUAUCCUAACAAUAGAAUUAACAUAAAUCCUGAUCAAACUAUGAUACAAAAUAAUUUUAUAAAAGAUAUGAAAACUUAUGACUAUUCAUAUAAUGAUAAUAUAGCUCCACCUCCAAUUCCGAGCCAACCUCCAAUGCCCCCAGAUAAUAAGAAUUUCGAAAAUGGGAAUAGUAGUAGAAAUUCAUCAAAUGCUAACUUAAAAAAAAAUGAAUAUAAAAAUACUAGUUGUAAUAUAAAUGUAGAUGGACGAGAAAGAUUACAAAAUGAUUAUAAUCAAAACUUUAUAAAUACAGGAGAAAGACCUCAAAAUUUUAUUAGAGAUAGUGAUGAAAAUAAAAGAUUUAUUAAAUAUCCUAAAUUAAAACAAUUAUUAGAAUUAAAAAAUGCAAUAAUAAAAAAAAGAUCAACACCAGCUAGAUAUAUAAAAUGUGAUUUACGAAAUUUUGAUUUAUCUAGUUUAGAUAUGAAAUUUGAUGUUAUAUUAAUUGAUCCCCCUUGGAAAGAAUAUUAUGAUCGAAAAAUGCAAAAUCUAGAUUUAUUAAAUAGUAUACAUAUAGAUAAUUAUGAUAUAAAUGAUGAUAUAUAUAAUGAUAAAGAUAAAUACUGGUCUUUAGAAGAUUUAUCUGAUUUAAAAAUAGAACAAAUAGCAGAUGUCCCAUCUUUUCUUUUUAUUUGGUGUGGUGUAACACAUCUAGAAGACGCUAGACUUUUAUUAAAUAAAUGGGGAUAUCGUAGAUGUGAAGAUAUAUGCUGGUUAAAAACAAAUAUUAAUGAAAAAAAUAAAAAAAUUAAAUAUUUAAAUGAAAUAAAUAAUGAAAACUCAUAUUUACAAAGAACAACAGAACAUUGUUUAAUGGGAAUUAAAGGUGCAGUUAGACGAUCUUAUGAUAUACAUCUAAUACAUGCCAAUUUAGAUACAGAUGUUAUUAUUGCAGAAGAAACAGAAGAAAAUAUAUAUAAUAAUAAUAAACCAGAAGAGCUUUAUAAAAUUAUUGAAAAAUUUUGUUUAGGUCGAAGGAAAAUUGAACUCUUUGGUACAAAUACAAAUAUAAGAAAUGGAUGGCUAACAUUAGGAAAAAAUAUUAAUGCUACAUUAUUUGACCAAGAAGAAUAUAAAAGUUGGUUUGAAGGUGAUAUUGCUUGGCCAGAAGCAACUUCAUAUAUAGGAGGAAAAUAUAUGGGGACAACACCAGAAAUCGAAAAUCUGCGUCCAAAAUCUCCUCCGAGAAAUGCCAACCCAUAA